CAGUCGUUCGCGGGGCACGCAUUGAAGUGAGGUUUCUCAAGUAAAAGUGUUGAUAAAACAUUCCCAAUCCCCCAAUAGAUCACCUCGUCCCUCUAAUUCCACUGACGUGCCCCCAAUAACUCAAUAAAUCCUCCCAAAGGCGUACAAUUAAUUCACAAACAUCAAAAACAUCGUGCGCAAGACGUGUUUUUGGUUGUUACGCCGAAGAGUUGCCCCUAGGACCAGCCGAUCUGUUUUCACCAUCAUCAUUCGUGCUCCCGGAAGUGAAGGCACCCCUGUGAUGCACCAUUCUCACCCCAUGGGCACUUGAUAACCCAACAUUUUAUCAUUUAUUUUUCUGGACGCCAUGUCUGGAGACACAAUGAAGGAAGCAGGAAGAAUUUCAGGUGAAGAACUUGCCGAUGAAGACGAAGAGAUAACGGUGGUACCAGACAAAUUGAGCAUCGAGCAGAUCCUCGAGGGAAUGACCAAUGAGUUCAACAAGAGUGUAUCAAAGUGCAGUGAAGAAAACGAUUCCGAUAAAAUCGGUGAGUUUGCCGAGCCCGAGGGAAGCACAUCCCUGGAAAAUGGUGAUGUUGUGUAUACAGCAGUGAUGGAGGGUGAGGGCAGGGAUGAGGGUCCCGAGGAAUCCCUGGAAGCCCAUAGUGAUUCUCCCAAAGAUGCUAACGAGGUCCUCAGACAGGAGGGGCAGAAAAAGGAUGGUAAUGUCCCCAGGAUUGUCCUGACCUUUAGAACAAUCGAUGAAACCACCGAUGAUGGGAGGAAAACAAAAAUAUCAAGUUGUGGACCUAGUCUCAGUCUUGUGACAGAUGAGCUGGUGAAUAGUGAUCAGAUUGGGGGAGUCUCUGUGAAGAUUGAACAUUCGGAAGAACAGGAGGGCGACAAAUCUGAUGGGGAAGAGGUGAAAAGUGGUGAAGAGGUUAAGGCUGUUGUUGAUGGGGGAAUUGAGGAGAGCUUGGAGGCUCCUGUGCAGGAGGAGGUAGAGGUUGUUCCUGGUGAGGAGGACUCGGAGAAGUCUGUGGAGGUGAAAGAGACACCCGUCACCAGGAAACGGAAAUAUGCCAGCAGGCAGAGGGCACUCAGUACAGAUUCCCCUUGUCCCAAAAGGUCAGCUAGACGAUCCUGUAAGGAACAGUUCAGUGUCCUCGAGAGCGCAAUGGCCAGGAAGGAGAAGUCCAAUUACACUGACAAUAAAGUCACAAAGAAGUCGGUGAAACCUGUUACUGGACGACCCAAGAGGAUCAGUGCUGGAAGAGACAGCAAGAGGGAUAGCAAAGGCAGUGAGGGCAAGGCUGAGAGCUUGGUGAAUGAUCUUGGUAACAGUCAGGCUGAUGGGGGUUCCUUGGAAGAAGCUAGGGCUAGUCCCGGGGAUGAAACCAAGUCCAGGGCCUCUGGGGAGUUCGAAGGCAUGCCCAAAUUAUCGCCCAUGGUGAAGAAUCAGGACAAAUUAGGCAAAGAGGAGACUUUGGUGAAGAAUGAUAAACCUUUUUUGCGACCUGUUACUGGGAAGAAUAGGAGGGACAGGGGAAGGGGGAGAAAUGGGCCAGGGGGGAGGCGAUUGCUGAAGGUUGAAGGAUUUGAGGAUGGAUCUGAGGCUGCUGAGGCGGGGAAGAAUAAUGAUUAUCCAGAAGAAUCCAAUGUUCCAACAAAAAGAACUCGCCGCAGUAUGGCCCCAAGUCCAAGCCCAGCUGAAGGACAAGCAUCAAAGCCAGAAUCUACAGCAAUACUCAGUGAAACCUACGAGAAGUCAAUGCUCUGCCUCUGCCAAGUGAGAUCACAAUUGUACGUUACGAUAACAGGGUCAGGGGCACCCUUGUACUGUACAGCAAUUGAUUCGAUUGAUAAUCGAUUGAUUGGGUGCUGCAACGAAGUUGACAGCAAUGAUGUUGCCAUGAGACGUCCCAGCACUCGAGUACCUUUUAUAAUUCUCUGUCGUUCUCACAAAGAGCGUCUUCUGCGUCACAACUGCUGUCCCUCCUGUGGUCUCUUCUGUACGCAGGGGAAAUUUAUCCAAUGCAAUAAUGGACAUCAGUACCACCUCGACUGCGAGGUUUUUCUCAAUAAAAAGCCUGUAUGUCCUCACUGUGCCAAUGAUACCUCAAAUUUCAAUGUCAUUAUUACCAUGACUGGUAGCAGAAAACCCGUCUACAUACCGUCAAGGAAGAAAUUCUCGAAAUUACCUUCUGCCAAGAUGAGUCUUCCAGGCAAGGGGGACAACACUAAACUCGCUGAAAGACCGCCCAGUCCGCUGGUCAGUCCAGAGGAUAUUAAAAUUCCAGAGCCUACCAUCAACUCUGAAAGACCUGAACGAUACACUGUUAUGAGUCUUUAUCAGGCUGUCAAGAAUGGGGAUUUGGAGAAAUUGGUGAAUGUGCUUAGUUGCGGUUAUAAUGCAAAUCACACGUUUCGUGAAUACUCUCAACGAACUAGCCUUCACAUUGCUGCAGAGCGGGGCCACCUGGGUUGUGUAAAUAUCCUAGUGCAAGGAGGAGCGCAGCUAGACGUCAUGGAUAAGAAUCAGCUGACACCUCUGAUGUUGGCAGCUACUGAGGGAAAGACUGAGAUCGUGAGAUAUUUGGUGCGAGUUGGGGCUGAUGUUACAUUGAAGGGAGAGGCCGGAAUGACUGCUCUCCAUCGAGCUGCCAAGUCAGGGCACCUCGAGGCCUGCAAGAUCAUUCUGUCAGAGUGCAAAGUCCCCAAAACAUUAGUAGAUUCUGUAGAUGAUGGUGGUUGGACUUGUCUCAUCUGGGCGUCUGAAUUCUGCCACAUUGAUGUGGCUCGUUUUUUGUUAGAAAAAAAAUGUGAUCCACUGAUACGUGAUACGGAACAGAAUAUAGCCCUCCACUGGAGUGCAUUCAGUGGUAGUUCCGAAAUAACUGAAAUCCUUCUGAACGAAGGCUGUGAUGUUAAUGCUGUGAAUGUUCAUGGUGACACGCCCCUCCACAUUGCAGCACGACAGGAUCAGUACGCAGUGAGUGUUCUUUUGCUGGCACGAGGUGCUAAAGUAACUGAGGUGAAUGCAGCUGGUGAAACAGCGGUUAACUGUUGCACGAGUGAUGGAGACACCCUGGCAGCUCUAAGGUUAAAUGCCAAGGUCAAUGAAUUGUCUGAACACAUGUGGGAGAAAACCACAAGAAUUCUCACGAAUGACAUAUCCAGGGGAAAGGAGACUAAUCCAAUACAGUGUGUCAACGGUUUCGAUUCUGAGGACAAGCCCACUGAUUUUCUUUAUGUCACUGAAAACUGCUUUACGAGUAAUAUUCAGGUGGACAGGACUAUUACGUCCUUGCAAUCUUGUCGAUGUGAGGACAAUUGCAACUCUGAAAAAUGCCUCUGUGGGAAUAUUAGUCUUAGGUGUUGGUAUGAUGAGGAGGGGAAGCUUAUACCAGAGUUUAAUUAUUCAGAUCCGCCAAUGUUAUUUGAAUGCAAUCAGGCAUGUGAUUGCAACCGAAUCACGUGUAACAAUCGUGUUGUUCAGCACGGUUUGACCCAGAGAUUCCAAUUAUUCAGAACGAAGGGAAAGGGCUGGGGCUUGAAAACCCUCAGACCCAUAUCCAAGGGUGCUUACGUUUGUGAAUACAUUGGCGAAAUUAUUUCCGAUUCCGAAGCUGAUCACCGGGAGGACGACUCCUAUCUAUUCGAUCUCGACAACAGGGAUGGUGAAACCUAUUGUAUCGAUGCCAGGAGAUAUGGAAAUAUUGCACGUUUUAUCAAUCAUUCCUGUGCACCAAAUCUACUUCCUGUUCGUGUUUUUGUGGAACACCAAGAUCUGCAUUUUCCAAGAAUAGCAUUUUUCGCUAAUCGUGAUAUUGCCGCCGAUGAAGAGCUUGGAUUUGAUUAUGGAGAGAAAUUCUGGAUCAUCAAAUGCAAAUCGUUCACGUGUACCUGCGGAGCUCUCAACUGCCGAUAUUCCGAAAAAACAAUUCAAGUGACACUAGACAAUUAUAGGAAAAAAAUUCAGCAGGAAGAGAGUCUAGCUGCCCAAUUAAUCUAACUAUUUCAUUAGUCUUAAUUGAAUGGAGUUUCGUUGAUCUCACGAUUAAAACGAGCACAAGCGAAUUAU